AAUAUUGUUUUGUUUGAUCAGUCUAUGAAAAUGUUGAAGCAUAUCAAUCUAUCCUAUUCUUGGGAUUUGACAGAAAUUCCAGACUUCUCAGGAGUUCCAAAUUUAGAAUAUUUAAUACUUGUUGGGUGCUCAAACCUUGUAAGCGUUCAUGCCUCGAUUGGAAAGUUAAAAAAGCUUGUUCGUUUGAACUUGAGUGGUUGCAAUCAGCUACAAAAUCUGCCAGGAAAACUAAAAUCAGAAUCUUUGAUGGAGUUGAAUCUUAGUUGCUGCUUUCAAGUUAAAGAGCUCCCAAAGUUUGAGAAAGGAAUGAAAGAGUUAUCAUUUCUUGAUGCAAGCAGUACUUGUAUAACAGAACUUCCUGAAUCAUUCGGAUACCUUACUGGACUUCAAGAGUUAAAUUUGAGUAACUGUGACUUUCGUAAUGGAUCAAUCUUUGAUCAUUUUGGAAAUUUAUCAUCACUAAUUGUAUUGGAUUUAGGAGGGAAUGCUUUUGUUAAUUAUUUACCAGAUGGUUUCUUCUCUAGUCUUUUUCUGAAUGGUUGUCGGCUCAAGUCACUGCCUAAACUCCCGCCACGGUUAAUUCGAUUGGAGGUAAUGCGUCCUUAUUAUUUAAGGGACAAUCAAUCUUUAACAAAUGAUCAAUUAUGGAAUUUGGUUGCAUCACUUAACCAUCAGUAUCGUAGUCGAACUAGAUAUGCAAGUCCAUUGCUCAAUAACAUUAAGCCAGAACAUCUUCCUCAAAGAGAUUUUUUUGCAAUUUUUUCCGGAUCUGACAUACCAUCAUGGUUUCCAAAUAAAGAGCAUGCUGUGACUACGCCUGAACCUUUUCAUGAUCUGGUCAAAGAAUUUAUGUCAUCCUUUUAUGAUGAUCGUUCGCAUGAAUGUGUAAUGAAGGUGGACAUACCUCAACAUUUUCAUGCAAGUGAAUGGUCGGGAAUCGUUGUAUGUCUCUGUGUAUCAAAAGAUAUCUACCAUAAGCUAUCCGGGGUUGAAUAUGAAGGUAAUGACACUUGUUGGAUUUCGUGGAGCAGUAAAGCUCUUGAAGAUGAAGAUUAUAUUUACAAAGGGUGGGAUCAUUGUUUCCGAGUGAUUGACUAUCCUGACAAAAAAAUAUAUGUUGAUGAUAAUGGCUACGAUGAUGGUGCCGAAGUGACUAAAUACCUCUGCGUAAUGGUGUUGGAAUUAAAUGAGAAAACAUGUUGGCAACAUCUAACACCUCAUAACAAUUCAAUUCACAUUAGACUUAGACUUCAUAGGCCAAACGUUAGUUGGGAUUUCAAGAUGUUGGGAUGGGGAUGGAGGGUAUUAUGUAAAGAAGACAUAGAAUAGUGGUGCAACUCCACUGGCCAUGAUUUCAACAAAUUAACUGAAGCAGCAACAGAGGUUGACACUUCUCAGGUCUGCCUUCCUGACUCUGUCUUAUCAAGAACAAUAGAGGUACGUAGACAUUGUGGAGCCAAGGCAAGACAAAAGGUGAAUAAUAUAUAGGUGAUGAUCUGUAGAGCAAAUACAUCCAUUGAAGAUAUAUCAAGUAGUCAAUGUUCCUUCUUUGAAGGCAAUCAAUGGUUUGUUAUUGGGACAACUUAGAUAUACACUCAUUUUCCUUCUCUUCCUCCACUCAUUUUUCUGAAUUUCAACGUGAUUAU